CAGGGAAAGACGCACUCCCAGUGACUAUAGAGGAGUCAGUGCUGUCCCCGGCCAGGAUGAAGCUGCUGUUGCUGUGCCUGGGGCUGAUUCUUGUCUGUGCCCAACAGGAAGAAAACAGUGAUGUUGCGCUAAGAAACUUCGAUAUUUCAAAGAUUUCAGGAGAGUGGUAUACCAUUAUCUUGGCUUCAGACGUCAAGGAAAAGAUAGAAGAAAACGGUAGCAUGAGUGUUUUUGCAGACCUCAUCCGUGUCUUGGACAACUCUUCUCUGUACUUUAAACUUCAUGCAAAAUGAUGGAUAUAAUGUAUU